GCACAAUCUCCAACGCCCGGCCUGAGACCUCUUGCGAUAACCCCCUUCCACUCCACAUCGUCAAUUGUUGACCCGGGAAUCAUACACCAUGUCCGCCCCUUCUCUGACCAGCUACAUUGUCAAGCGCCCAUGGCUCAAGCGCUGGAUGACGCCCAUCGCUGAGUGGUACAUGGACGCGGCCGGCUAUAGGAGACUUGGAUUGAGGUUCGACGACAUCAUCCCCGAGGAGAACGACGUCGUUCAGGCUGCUAUUAAGCGUCUUUCUGCUAAGGAGUCCUACGACCGUGUCUUCCGCAUCCGCAGAGCGUUCCAGUGCUCCAUUUCGCACACCCUUCUCCCCCCCGAGGAGCAGACCAAGCCCUCUGAAGAUGUUGAGUACCUGAGCCCCAUCAUCCGUGAGAUCGAGAAGGAGCGCAAGGAGCGUGAGGACCUCGACACUCUCUCUGUCCGUCGAUAAACGAUCCCACCCAUUCAUCGAAAAGCAAACGAUAGAAAGAAAAAGAACAAUGUUUAUCUAGAGGGGUGUGGUAUGAAGGAUCGGGAAGCUGGGUCUGGAAUUCGGCUGCGUAAUUGGUGUUGCCGGUUACCAUUUAGGCCUCUCGUCGAACCAUUCAGUUACGUGUACUGAUACUGUACAAAUCAAUUCUUCGCUGUUCUCUUGUCCCA